AUGUUGAAGCCGAGACUCUGUCGACGGUUUCUGGUGUCAAAAGUGAAUCAUCAACAGCUCAAUAGUUUUAAAACUCUCUUUAAAACCAGCUCAGAUUUAGACCCUGACAGGUGCUGUCAUUGCAGCGGUGCUCGAGAACAUUUGACAGCGAUGCCAGAGAACAAAAAAGGGUCAGACCCUCCGCGCAAGAUUGAACACAAGCUUGUUGUGUGCGCAGCAUUUCCAUCUUCAGCUCGGUGCUUUGUCUCUGACCUCCGCUCGGUCCGCUCUCUGCCUUUGGUAUUCCUCUACAAAGGCCAACAGGAAUCCUGGGCUUGUUGA